UUCACAGCCAAUAUCCACNUCAGUUCACAGCCAAUAUCCACAACGUUCGAGUCGUCAUCGUGUGAUACCAACUGGUUAUGGAGACAUGCAAUUAACGUCAAUGUUAAUGAGAUCAUCUACAUACAUAUACAUCAACAAAAAGUUUCCGCUGAAGUUUCCACUGAAGGAAUGGGAAUGAACGCUGAUUCAUUGAUAGGUGAUGAUUCGUUGGCGAGUUUGGUGUUUGUUGGUGGUGAUGGUGUUCAGCAUGCUCCUAUGCAGUUCCCGGUUGGACAACACGUUCUCGCAUUCUUAUCAUGCCUCGAGAGUGGUCUCCAGCCAUAUUCCAGACUAGAUCCACCCUUAUGGAUAUCUGAACACAAAGGUGCACUCUUCAUUGUUGGAUUUGUUUGA